UUUGUGAAUGGUAAGGCGGUACCUGGGACACAUGACAGAUCCCAGAAGCCGCCGGACCAAUCACAAGGCACAAGUGCUUCUCGCUCAUGCGCACUGGGCACCCGGCUGUCAUGUCGAGCGCCAUUACAGAAGCCGGGAAGACAGCGCGCGGCUGGAUCGAGGAACAGGUAUGCUCCCCCAAAAGGUCAGCAGUCAUCUGUACUGUCCGCAGUCUCUGGUCAUCCCUGUACUGUCCGCAGUCUCUGGUCAUCCCUGUGCUGUCCGCAGUCUCUGGUCAUCCUCUGUGCUGUCCGCAGUCUCUGGUCAU